AUGUUUUCACACGGCAUUCCAUCUUCAGCCAUCCCUUUUGCUGGAGCUCCAGUAAUGGCUCAGCCCUAUUUCCCUGGAAUCCAAUCAAUGGAGCAGCUGCAACCAGGCUUCUCGUCAGCUCUUCCGGGAAUACCGUUGAUCCCACCCACUCCUAUUGUUAAUCCUGCGACUCUACUAUCCUCCGUUGCUUCAUCCACAUCUCUACCUGUAUAUAAUACUGGAUUAACUACUGCCUCUAGCAUGCUUUUACCAUCUUCUUCCUCUUCCUCCUCAUCAUCACAUGUUAUACAAGCAGGUCCAGAGUUAAAAAGUGUCGAUGUUUAUUCAACUGAUCCGUCCUUGAUUUACAAGCCAGUUGAGGAUCUAAUGGGUGGUCAAGUCUCGACGACCGCUUUUAUCGGAUCUCUUUCAGAUGGUGUCUCUGAUGAUCUUAUCCAAAAGAUUCUAGAGAACCACACCGCUUUUGAUGCUCCUGCAAGAGAGCAGAUCUCUGAGCUUCUGAAAUCGAAAAAUAUUCCUUUUUUCUGGAACGAUCCAAAUGCACCGCUUAUGCCCCAGGUGGACGCUUCACCAUCCGCAAAAUCGGAUCCCAGUAAGCUAAAGUCCGCCCCGAAUGUACAGCCAUCUGAGUAUGACAUUGAAAGAGAUCUUGAAAGGGCUUUGCGCGAACUUGACCGUCUUGCAGAACAGGAACAGGAGCGAAAAGAGGCUCAAUACAAAGAGGUUUUUUAUCUUCACAUAACCCCAUUUCUUGAAGAUGAACGCCGGGAAAAACAAAAUCUGGCCUCUCUUCGGGCGGACCACGAGGCCGUAGUUAACCUACACCUCGAUUACUCUACCUUUGUGGCAAAGGACCAAUUUUUUCUGGAUCGAAAUUCUUGGCGUGCAAGCAGGGCUAGGCUGCUCUCAAAGGAACACAACCUGCUGACCGAAAAUGAUCUUUCAUUCAUCAAGUCAGAGAUGGAAAAGAUUCUUUCUCUUUCGCUUUUCGAAGAUCGUCUUUACAAAAAUACGGCAAUUUCUUUACAGGGGGGAUCCGCAGCACAGUCAUCGAAGCAUUCGCAUUUUUAUAAGGACGAGUAUGAAGAUAACGAGAGGGCCCCGUACCCGCGCCAUCGACACAAUUCUUCCAGCAAAGAACCUCGAGUCUCCAUUUUAAAGCAAAAAAUGGGCUUAAACCUUCCCGAGUGGCUUACAAUUGAUGAACUUAUCGCCUCUGGAAUGUCAUCCGAAGAUGCAACAGCAAAAUCGAAUGCCCAACAAAAGCAUCGGUUGGAAUUGCUCGCAAAGAUCCUCCCCACUGAUAGGUCAGAUGUAUUUCAUUUUGAUGUUUUUUGGCCGAUUCUUGACAAUGAAAAGAAAUUCUUUUCCACCACUCUUCCCCAAUGGCUGACCAAAAAACUUCCAGAGGUCAUUGAUUCGAAAACGGUGGAUUCUUCUCCUUUUAUUGAAGCCAUUUUGCAUUCCAUCCGGACACACAAGAACCCCUUCAAGCUAGUAAGUGAGCUUACAUUUCUCUUAGAAGGCGAUAAGAAGGAUAAAUACCACUCCGAUCGGGAUGAAAGUGAAAAAUCGUCUAUUUUUAUUCUCAAGCUCUGGAGAUUUCUCAUUUUGGAAUCCGAGAGAUUGCUUUUAUCACGAGAAUAA